AUGUCCGCAGAUCUACUCGCAGAGUUUGGUCAGGCACCUGCUCCAGACAAAAGGUCCAGACAGCAGCCAUUGCAGCACCAGAAGCACUCAUUCUUCGAUGCCGACGAUAGCAUCGAUUUCUUCGGGCCAACGGGAAGUGUGCAGCACAACAAGCGUCCUAAUCCGACGCAAGAAGCACACAAUCAAUUUACAACUCCGGCAGCUUCGUGGCAGAGCCCUGAUCAUCAGGAGUUUGGCCUUCCCUUGAAUCCACAUAGCGAUGUAUUAUUUGAUGCAGAAUUUGAUACACCAGCAAGCGAUGCAGAUGACGACUGGGGUGAAUUUGAGGGCCCUAAUUCAAACACUUUACAUGCGCAGCCAAUAGCUCUCCGGCAAUCAGACACAGUUACAUCUCUAAAACCAGAGCCUCGGCGAGAAGAUCCACAGGUUUCAAGAACAGUUGACUUGCUAGAUUCACUCUCAAUGCCAGACUCCGCACCAGUUGUGAAACAUCCAUCUAAAAUUGCCAAGAACCAACACCUUGAACCUAACAAUCAAGAACACUCGGCAUGGGAGGAUGAUUCAUUUGGUGACUGGGGUGAUUUUGCCGAUGUACCUGCCAGCCAGCCACCCCCCAAGGUCUCGAAGAAGAAAGCAAAAGCACCCAUAAGACCUAUCAAAUCCAAUUCGCAGCCUGCAUCAACCUGGGGUGACGAAGCCUUCGACGACUGGGGUGAUUUCUCUGAUGGACCCAGUGUGAAGCCUGCGCUCAAAUCCAAACCCACCUCACCACCAACAGCUCCUGGCCCAGCCCCCAGUAGCUCUGUUUCUGGGAUCACGGCCACUGUCCGCCCAACAAAUAUUCCACCGCCAUCAGUCCUUCUCGAGUUAUUCUUGGAUGUGUUCGAGAACCUUCAGAAAGAGGCCGCACUCGCAAAAUCUCAGCCGCGAUCCUCGGCUCCGUCCUCAUCCUCAAACACCAUUUCAACAACAGCCAUGAAUAUUCACAAUGUCCUUCAAUCAGCCGCCCGUGUAAUCGCAGGGCGAAGUCUCCGGUGGAAACGUGAUACAAUCCUUAGUCAAAGCAUGCGAAUCGGCCCUGCCCGUUCCGGCAAAGCUGGAGGUAUGAAACUCAACAGCGUGAACAAACAAGAAAAUAUCAAAGAAGAACAAGAUGCCGUUGACGUGCUUACUACUUGGCGUGAACGGGCGGCAAGUUUUAAUGCUGUUCUACAAGCCGCAAGCCUGCGGCCAAUCCCUACAGUCUCAGAUCCUAGUGCGCUCAAGGUUAUCACGGCGCGGGCGGACCAGGGUGCGUUGAAAGCUUCUCAUCCAUGUGCACUCUGUUCACUUAAGAGAGAUGAGCGGGUUUUACGGGUUGACGAGCAAAGUGUUCAAGAUAGCUUCGGAGAGUGGUGGACUGAGCACUGGGGUCACACCGCAUGUAGACAAUUUUGGGAGACGAAUCGAAAGUUGCUUGGGCAGCGUUGA